AUGUAUUUGCGCUCUGACCACACGGACGCCGACACGGCUACGCUGCGCAGGCUGAUUCGAGAGAACCCUCUGGGCAUCAUCACUACAGCGCUUCCAUCAGAUAACUUCCCACUGCUUCAAUGCUCGCAUAUUCCGUUCCUGCUGGAUAUUGAGGAUGAGUCGAGCGAGACAGAAAAGGGGGUUCUGCGCGGCCACAUGGCAAGGGCAAAUCCACACAGCAAGGCGCUCGCUGAGGCCGCGGCUAGCUCUCCCGAUGCGUACCUGGAACAAGAAGUUCUAGUGUUGUUUAACUUUCCGGUGCACCACUACGUGACACCAAAGUUCUACACCGAGACGAAGCCCGAUACGGGCAAGGUCGUGCCGACAUGGAACUACGCGGCGGCGCAAGUGUACGGCAAGAUCAAGGUUUACCACGACAGCAAGUCGGACGAGGCGGGCAGCUUCUUGGGGCAGCAGAUAUCAGAUUUGAGCGACAUGAGCGAAAAGACCAUCAUGGGCUACACUGGCGAGGGAUUGGCGCAAAAGGGAUGGAAGGUCACCGAUGCGCCGGAAAAGUACAUUGAGCUGCUGAAAAAGGCCAUAAUCGGCAUCGAGAUCAAGAUUGACAGGCUGGAGGGUAAGUUCAAGAUGAGUCAGGAGAUGAGCGAAGGCGACCGCGCGGGUGUCAUCAACGGAUUUAAGAAGCUAGGCACAGAACUGGGAACGAAAAUGUCCGAGACGGUCGAGGAACGUUCCGAGCUUAAGAAGACCAGAAAAGCUGCCAAGGCUCAGUGA